AUGCAGGAGCGCGGCGAGAUGCAGUACUUUCUUAAGGAAGAUUAUUACGUCGUGGAGGAGUUAUACCUAUGUUUACAAGGUGAUAUCAAGGACGCGCUCGCUGUUGCCGCUCUCACACAUGUUCAAGGAACAAGUUCGCUGGAUAUCACGAUGUUCGAAGCUGUGCAACAACAUGUCAAGUUACCUGCUAUUGUUUUACCUGUGUUUUCGAAUAACUAUGAAGAGUGGCCGACGUUUCACGACUUGUUUACGUCGUUAGUACAUAACAACACGAGUCUUAGUAAGGUUCAGAAACUGCACUAUUUAAAGUCAAGUAUCGCCGGUGAAGCCGCUGCCUUAUUGAAGCAUGUUACGAUUACAGAACAAAAUUAUGAGUUAGCCUGGGAGACUUUAAAGCAAAGGUAUGGUAAUAAGAGGUUAAUUGUGAACUCCCUUUUGAAGAGAUUGUUUAAUCAAAAGAAGACUACUACGCAAACAUCUACUCAAAUAAAACAUCUACUGGACACUACGACGCAAUGUUUGAAUGAUUUACAAAAUCUUCAAGUGAAUAUUAACGAGUGGGAUCCGUUCAUAAUAUACCUGGUAGUGAACCGACUCGACAACGAAACUCAUAAGGAUUGGGAGGAACAUGCCUACAGUUUAAGUGCGGACCAGUUGCCCAAGUGGACUGAUUUAAAGAAAUAUCUCGAGUCGAAGUUUCGCACGUUAGAACUAGUUAACCCUGUCACGGCUACCGUACCUAAAGAAGCAAAAUCAAUUAAGGAGAAGUCUUACCAUGUAACAAUACCAUCGAAAAGCUGUGUUUUAUGUAGGGAUGAACACACUUUAUGUCACUGUCAAGAGUUCACGAAAAUGUCACCUGUGGAGAGAAUUGACUAUGUGAAGAAAACUAAAUUAUGCUUCAACUGUCUUCUUCCUGGACAUUCUGCAUCACGAUGUCGUCUUUCCUUUUCAUGUCGUAUAUGCAAAAAGAGGCAUCACACCAUGAUACACCAAGAGCAGAAUAAGGAGUCAGUGAAAACUCAAGCUCACCACAGUCAGCUUACACACCACGAAGAAGACCCGCAGAACGAUGAAGAAGUAGAAGUGGUGGAAAUUUCGUGUAACUUUGCCUGCAAGAAAUCCAAAGGCCUGCUAGCGACGGCAAUGAUAUCCAUUAGGGACGACGAAGGUCACGUGACUCCCCUUCGUUGUUUAAUUGAUCCAGGGUCAGAGUCAAGCUUUUUAAGCGAACGCGCAGCACAAGCUCUGCGAGUCAAGAGGUCACCUGUGAGAGGAACUGUUACCGGUGUCGGCGACCUCCAGAUCAAGAUCAACAGCGCAGCACAUGUUCAAAUAUUGUCAAAUCAAGAUGACAGUUUCCAGCUAGAUGUCAAGGCUUAUAUAAUGCCCUCAAAGCUCACAUCACAACUACCAUCAAGGAAGAUAAAGUAUGACCCACAAGUCUGGUCACACAUACAAGGACUCACUCUGGCUGAUCCUAAGUUCCACCAGCCAGGGCGAGUAGACAUGCUACUUGGUGUAAAAGUGUAUGCACAAAUACUAGAAGGAAAGGUUAAGAAAGGUCCACCUGGCACUCCAUGCGCUCAAGAAACAAGCCUAGGUUGGAUAAUAUUCGGAGACGUAGAAGGCACAGCAGACACUUUACAAGAAACCAUAGUUGUGAUGCAUCAUCAGGUCGACGUAGACGACAUGUUAAAGGCAUUUUGGGAGAUAGACACUACAGAUACAAAGAAGAGUCUCACGAAAGAAGAAGAAAGGUGUGAAAUGAUUUACAAGGAGACGCAUACAAGAAACGAAGAAGGAAGAUACAUAGACAUACAAGAGACAUCGCCAUGCUGA